CAUCUUCCUGGUGUGUAUCAGCUGUUUGGGUAAUUCGUAAUUCGCAUUGCUUGCGGGUUUCAUUUUCUAUGGGAGGUCCAAAACUUGUGAGUGCCGCGCAAGGAAAGUGUAUGCGCGUGUGUUAACACCCAAUUGUUUGAGAUCUGGCCGAGUAAGGAUUCGCCUAAAAAAGGAGGCGAUCAAACGAAAGGGCAUCAAGAUGCACUAUUACCGACCUCAGAACUCGGAGGUCAGCUGCUUCUACAAGUACCUAAUGUUCAGCUACAACAUUUUGUUCUGGUUAGCCGGAGCUGGAUUUAUUGCUAUUGGAUUUUGGGCUUGGAGUGAAAAGGGGAUGCUGUCAGACCUAACCCAGGUGACACGGACGCACGGUCUGGACCCUGUAUGGUUGGUUCUGAUAGUAGGUUCAAUCACCUUCAUCCUGGGAUUUGCAGGGUGUGUGGGAGCACUGCGGGAGAACAUCUGCCUUCUCAAGUUUUUCUCAGGUCUGAUUUGUUUAAUCUUUUUACUGGAAAUUGUGGCAGCCGUUCUGGCCUUCAUAUAUAAGGACUCACUGAAGGAAUGGAUUAAUGACUUCUUCCUGACCAACAUCAAAGCCUACAGGGAUGACAUUGAUCUGCAGAAUGUCAUCGACUCUUUACAGAGACUGAAUUCCUGCUGUGGCGCCAAAGAACCAGAUGACUGGGACCUGAAUGCGUAUUUCAACUGCAGUGAAACCAACCCCAGCCGGGAGAGGUGUGGAGUUCCCUUCUCCUGCUGCAUCUCCGACCCUGCGAACAAUGUAGUCAACACACAGUGUGGCUAUGACGUCAGAAUAAAGGACUGCUGCUUACACCUGUUUCACCGGAUUCAGGGUGGCUUGAGCAAUGCUAUCAACACCCGGGGCUGUAUUUUGGCUUUGGAGCAGUGGCUGCCACGGAACAUGUACAUCGUCGCUGGAGUCUUUAUCGGCAUAUCCGUGCUACAGAUGGUAGGAAUUUUCCUGGCACGAGCGCUUAUCUCAGACAUCAUGCAGAGCCGGUUCUACUACUGAAGAGGCAGGCUGUGACAUGUUCCGGAGCCCGACCUGGACGUGCCUUAAACCAUCUUUCCCCUCCUGGACGCCAUGUUGGCCCCAAUUGUACUGCAAUGUCAUGCCCUCCACCAUCCCACACCGGAAACCGGAAACAAUACUGGUCCCAGCAUGCUGGCUCCGAGGAGUGUGGAUGAAACUUCACGUGUGCUGCCUUAUUUUUAUAAAUCGACAAAGAGCCUUUUAUAAAGGGAAUGUUUGCACUUGAUUUACACAAAUGUGUAAUUCCUUUCUUUAUAUAAAGCUUGUUAAUAAAAUAUGAUGUUUGCUUUUUAUUCUGUAAAAUGUCUUGAUAAUGUAGGUGGAUAAACUAACAAACAUUUUUCCAUAGAUAGUUUUUAGGAUUUAAAUUGGUACCCCUGGUUCAGCAUUAAAGCCCACUAACUCAUGUUUGUCUGGCUGAAUGGAUUACCAGCACACACUGCAAAUGUAAACUGAAAAGUUUAAUGUAAACAUUUACCUGUUUACGACUGCAGGUUAUCCUGCAGCAGCUCCUAUUACCCAUCAGAAUAAUAAAAGCUGUUUGAAGUUUUUUUAGCUUUGAGAAACUUUGUGUGUGUUUUACAGCCCCCUGGUGUUCAGAUGAGAAAACUGCAGAAUGUGCAGAAAGCAGAAUUAACCAUUUAUCUUAACCGCUACGCUAAGAGUUCAUAGUUAAGGUACAUGACUGGGACCAGCAAGGUCGGUUGUUCGACAAUAAGAUUCACACAGCCCUUAACCCUGCAUUUCUACAGGGGAGGAAUCUCCUGCUUAGUCUAAUCAAGUGUCAGCCAAAUGGCAUGUAAUCUAAUGUAAUGUAAAGACUGGUACUAGAUUAAAAGUGUAUUAAUCAUUGAUUAAAUGCCGAAAAUGA